UCGUCUGGUGCCACCACGCACAGCAAUUGACUGACUUUCAGUCGCUGUCGCCGUCGCUGUCGCUGUCGCCAUGGCCUCGCCCUGCGCCCGCCAGCUCCUGCGCGCCCCGAUGCGCCGGCCCGCCUGCCCGUCCGCCUUCGCCCGCACCCCGCGCACACCGCCGUCGCGCACCUUCUCGUCGUCGCGCCCGCUGCACGAGCAGCAGCAAAAAGAGUCGUUCCGCGGGCGGCUGGGCGCAGCCCUCGGCAAGACCAAGAUCAAGUGGGAGCCCAUCCCGAUUGCUCUCGGCGUCGGCUUUCUGGGCGCCUUCCAGCUGUACCGCAUCCAGCGCCGCGAGAAGCACACCCAGGCCGAGCAAGAUGUCGACCAGCAGGUCGACCAGCAGGGCCGCCCCGCCCCGCGCGAGCGCAUCCGCCCCAGCGGCCCGUGGACCGUGCAGGUCAUGUCGACGCUGCCGCUGAAGGCCCUGUCGCGCCUCUGGGGCCGCUUCAACGAGGUCGACAUCCCGUACUACCUGCGCGUGCCGGGCUUCAAGCUGUACUCGUUCAUCUUCGGCGUCAACCUCGACGAGGUCGCCGAGCCCGAUCUCCACGUCUACCCCAACCUCGCCGCCUUCUUCUACCGCAAGCUCAAGCCCGGCGCGCGCCCGCUCGACCCCAACCCCAACGCCGUGCUGUCCCCCGCCGACGGCAAAGUCAUCCAGUUCGGCACCAUCGAGCACGGCGAAGUCGAGCAAGUCAAAGGCGUAACCUACAGCCUGGACGCAUUGUUGGGUUCCUCGCGGCCCUCGCCCGAAGUCCGCUCAGAGCACGCCCACACCCCGCCCGAGCACCCCGACGCCGUCCGCGCCGACCAGGAAUUCGCCCGCGUCAACGGCAUCUCCUACACCCUGCCGAACCUGUUCUCCGGGCCUGCCCACAAGGACGGCGAACCCGCACAGCCGCCCACCGACCAGUCGACGCCCGCGCGCCCCGCCUCCGAAGCCGCCGUCCGCGCCGAACUCGCCGCCGCCCCAAACACCCCCUGGUGGUCCCCCUCCCACCCCGCCCCCUCCGCCCUGUACUACAUCGUCAUCUACCUCGCACCCGGCGACUACCACCGCUUCCACUCCCCCGUGCCGUGGAUCGUGUCCUCGCGCCGCCACUUCGCCGGCGAACUAUACUCCGUAUCACCCUACCUCCAACGCACACUCCCCGGCCUCUUCACGCUCAACGAGCGCGUCGUGCUCCUCGGCCGCUGGCGCUGGGGCUUCUUCAGCUACACGCCCGUGGGCGCGACGAACGUGGGCAGUAUCAAGAUCGCGUUCGACAAGGAACUGCGCACCAACAGCCUCACGACCGACACCGCGGCCGACCGCGCCGCCGCUGCCGCCAAGGCGCGCGGCGAGACCUACACGGGCUUCUCCGAGGCGAGCUACCGCGCCGGUGUGCUGGGGGGGAGAGCGCUGCAGAGGGGAGAGGAGAUGGGCGGGUUCCAGCUCGGCAGCACCAUUGUGCUGGUUUUCGAGGCGCCGAAGGGCGAAAGGCCGAGUCUGGAUCAGGGGUUCAGGGGCGGCAAGGAGGAGCGGAAGGGUGGGUUUGAGUGGUGUGUGGAGCAGGGGGGGAAGGUCAAGGUCGGCGAGGCGCUGGGGUUUGUAAGGGAGGAGUAAAGAAGGUGAGGUUGGGUGUUUGUGAUCUUGUUGUGUAUGAUAGCGAGCAUCUGGUCUUCUUGUACAUGUUGGAUGCAAAGUUCGAGGUUUCAUGCCCCGGCUGUCGUUGGCGACGGCAUCGCAGUAACGACCGUGUAACCCUCCAGGCCCGCAGCACCGUGGCCGGAAACCCACACUCCCCCGUCACAAUCACAAUCACAGCGCACACGUGAUGAGUCA